UUUCGUCCCUGGCUUCUUGCGAGAUUCGCAGUCGGUGACUUGCAUCAACUACUCGAACUGUUCUUGGUGAAAGCCAAUUUCCUGAAGCAAUGGCCCAGAAACAGAGUUGAAGCAUCGGGGGGCGCUCAUCUGCUGCUACUACUGACUGAAUCUUUCUCUGGCAAAUCUACGAACAACAGUAUCGUAAAUGUAGUUGAAAGCGUCUCCUUGUGCAAUCAAAGCACGCCUUCGCCUGCCACCUGCUCCAUCUGCCUCUCUACUUUUCACAUGGCGAUUGUAUUACAGCGUACGCAAGUAGAAGCAGAAAUUGGGAUUCCCUGCUGUACCGUUCGCUCUGUUUUUGCCAGCGUUUAGCGAGCCAUGGCCGCCGCCGCCGCCGCCGCCGCCGCCGCUCCCCGGAAGCAGAUUCACAUCGACGUCAUCCAGUCGGUGAUGCCGGUGGCGGUGACGCCGCCGGGGCGGUCGCAGCGCCUCUCAACGACCGGCGGCCCGCUCCGCCCCGAGCUUUUGCAGAGCCGGGUGCGGAUCGUGCUGUACUACGAUGACAAAGGGUCGGCGACGCCGGCGACGGUGGGGGCGUGGAUCAAGGAGUCGCUGAGCGCGGCGCUGGCGACGGAGCCGGUGAUGGCCGGGCGGCUAAGGCGGGAGAACGAUGGGAGCGGGCGCUGGGAAGUCAAGUUCAACGACUGCGGGGCGCGGUUGGUCCAGGCCACCGCGGAGGCGAGUAUGGCGGAGUUCAUGUCCGGCGACGGCGACCGCUGGGAGGCGCACUUGGCUCACUGGGUCGACGUCGACGAGGAGAACCCAAACUUCUCAGCCUUGUUCUACGUCCAGGUGACUCAAUUCCAUGGAGGUGGAUUUUCCAUAGGCAUCAGCUGCAGCCUCCUGCUCGCUGACCCCUUCUUCUUAGGGCACUUCCUCCAGUCAUGGGCUCGGACUCACGCCGCCAUGUUGUCCCACGGUCAACUCACUGACUCAUCCAUCUUCCACCUCGCCUAUUUUCAAAGACCUGGCCAAUCGAACCACCUUAAGUCCAUCGACCUCGGCUUGAGCUCGAACUCGAAUCCGAGUGCGGCUAACACCACCCUACUGUUUGCGGCUAACCCAGAGACUGACAAUGUUUGCCAAAUCGCAGACAAUUACUUUCAGGUGGCUACAAGGAGACUCCGAAAGAAGGAUUUAUCGAAUUACUCUCUUAUCGUAAGCGAUCACUCGGGCGAUAAGAUAGUCGAGACGCAUACUAUCAUGAGUCCGAAUGUCAUAGAUGAGACGGUCAGUGGUGCACAAGAGGAAGGUUGGGUGAAGCAACUUGGACUCGAGAAGAUGUGUUUUGUAGGCGGGAAUGAUCCGAUUCGAAUUUCAUGCCAAAUCAUAUCGUGUGUCGAUGAUGGACUAGUAAUGAUAAUAAUGCCGCCAAAGAAGGCAUGGUUAAUUAGUGUUACAGUACCAACAAUUUAGCAGUGUGAUUAUGAGGUAGGAUUACUUUUGGACUGUUGUUAUGUAAUAAUUAAGCUGAUUGUUAUUGGAUUGUGUGAGAAUUUAAAUUAA